UUUACCGGGAAGUUGAAGGGGAUUCCCGGCUGUCUGGGCUUCCCCUGAUCUUAAGGAAACUCAGAACUUAAGUUUCACCUGCAUACUGAUACUCGGUCCUCACCUGGCUCGCGAGGCGUAGAAACUUUCAGACUGCCGUCUAAAGAAAGUGCAACAACACCGCGACAUUUUCUGCGGAAGAACUUCGGAAGACAGAGAAGCUAUGGCAGAGGGCAGGGGAAGCCGGAACCGUAGCUCAAGUAGGCUGAGCCUUCUCACCGGGUCAUCUCUCAGCCUGACUGUUCCGUUCACUACAGAUGUAUUUGUGGCGUGUGCCGACAAGGACCAGGCGGUGGUGAAGUCUCGCGUGAUCCAGCCCCUCGAGAGUAGGGACACCACGUGUCGCUACCCACAGCGAGACUUCAUCCCCGGGCACAGCGAGCACAACAGCGUCGUGGAGGCCAUGAAAACCAGCCGGAAGACAAUAGUCGUGCUUUCCGAGAAUUUCAAGGACUACAGACUGUCCCGUGUGAUCCUUGCCCUGAGUAACCAGCUGAUCACACAAGGCCGCGUUAUUCCAGUAAAAAUUGAUGAGGAUACGGAGAUGGAUGGCCGCUUCAGAGAUGUUGUGACCUUGAACAUGACGGCAAUCGACGAGGCAACUUUCAUCGCUAAGCUGGAGGAGGCCGUGACUUUGCCUGAUCAAGAUUUGUCAUCGGCAUCAAGAUCGCCAGGAAGCCUUUUGGACGUCGCUGCAGUACCAGAGCUAUACACACCAGAGGCAGAGAGCACAACGUCGUCAGAAACAAGCAGUGACAGCAGCACUGGGCACACUGACUUACCACAACAAGAAUUCUAUGAGGCAGAGCCCCUCCACAGCGCUGCAAUCAGGAACGCCGAAGAUGCAGUUGCCCUAUUCAAUGACCUGCACAGGAGCGAUCCAUACUACAUACACGCGGAAACACAACACCUAAAAGCAGUGACCAAGACGACGAGCCUCCACACCCUAGCCCACUUCAGCUGCUCAAAAAGCCAGGUGGUAGCAGACAAAGCACUCGAGAAACUUCAGGACCUUGUGAGCUCGCGCAUGGGGCACUGUGAUCCUGACAAGAACCUAGAAGAGUUACGGAAAGCCGAGGUUAUCCUCAGGGAGACGAUCAACAAAAAGGGGCAGGCGGUCAUCAUCAAGCGUACUAUGCUUAGGCUGAAGACCUGGGACUUGAUCGUGUACCAGCUCGGCAUCCUGCUGGACAAAGGGGACAUCGACCUAGAAAACAAGUUCUUUUCGGCCAUCAGUGACUUCAGCAAGACAGACUUUAAGUCAUACAUGAACAAAGGGCUCGUGGCCAGCUACACAGUGCAGUUUGCCCAAAGUGCUGUGAAAUACCUGCAGGAUAUCUCCAAACGCAAGGACAGCGGGUUCACGCACGUAGAGAAACUUGCGCAACUGGUGGAGUGCCAGACGGAAGGAACCUACAAGGAGCUACUGAAGUUUCUCCGUGACGUAACGACUGACAAAAAGAAGCACUUCUCGACUGAGAUAUUCCUGCAUAUCCUUAAGAAGAAGGUUAUGCGAGUGGAGGAUGCCAGCACCAUCUUCCUAGACGUGCUGCAGAAGGUACUUGAUGGCAUCCUAAAGACCAAGAAGAUGGAUAAGGUGUGCAGGAGUGGACUACUCAUCGUGGGGACCCAGAUCUUAGUCCACAUCGCCUCUAACCAUACCAACCCAGGCAUCCGUGAACAGGCUGUCAACGGCAGCUACACGAACAACAUGACCGGUCUGCGUCAGCUAUGGGACUACGAAGACAAGAAAUGGCAGGAAGUGGCAUCAGAAGUGUCUGACCUCUGCACCCCUCUGUGUUUCAUGUCGAAAGAUGAGGCUGUCAUUCGCGCAGUUGCCGACCGUUUUUUUACUGAAACGUCUACCAGUCAGAGGCAAAGCUUUGAUCCCGAAGAGGUCCCGUACCAGAACGACCCCAUGCUCAACCAGGCCAAAAUGUUACCAGUAAUGGUGAAAAGCAUCAGGCAUCAUCUGUAUGAGGAUGGCGAGAUUUUGACUGUCGAAGAGUCUCAGACUGCGAGCGGCGGAGCCGCCAUCUCAAUCAAAGGCCGGAUGUCAGACAUGGACGUCUUGAUCAAGGUUACAAGGCACAGCACGCGAGAAGACCUGGUGAGUAAAGAGUCUGAUGGCCUGAGGAAAGAGAUCCGCGUCUUGAGAGGAUUGAAUCAUCCAAACGUGAUCAACGUCUUGGCCGCGCACGAUGGCCCAACCCCGCCAUCCUACCUGAUAACACCGCGGGUGCAGGAGGAGACUCUCAUAGACCACGUCAUCGGCUUGCGGAGGGCUGUCCCUACCGACGUAAUUGUAACGUUGGUCGAUGCCUGCAGACAGAUAUCUGAGGCCGUGAUCUACCUUUCUACCAAAGCAAAAGUCGUGCAUCGAGACAUCAUGGCGGCGAACUGCCUGUGUUCCUCCCCCAACGGCAAGAUGCAUUGUCGCCUGACGAACUUUGAACUAGCCCGAACCAUGAAGAGGUGUGGAAGUGAGGCGAGGCAGGGGACGAAGUACGAGUGUCCGGGAAACCCAGAGGACCCCAUAGCCUACCGCUGGUCAGCGCCGGAGUCUCUCACAAAGGACAUCUUCACAAGUGCCUCCGAGGUGUGGAUGCUGGCUUGCCUUAUCUAUGAGGUCCUAACGCUCGGGGUACAUCCGUUCCCAGAAUGUGAAGAUCCCAGGGGAAUGAAGGACUAUCUAAAUGCUGGUGAGCGGACUGAACAGCCGUCUUGCCUUUCCAAGCUGGACGAAAAAAGCCGCAUCUACCAGUUCCUAUGGAUGUGUUGGAGCGCUGAGCCGGCGGACAGACCAUCUCCGGAGGAUGUGCGGACGUUCUUGGAGAAAACAGCAAGGAGACACUCUAAAGGAGAUUUCUCUCACGUGUUCGUGUCUCCUCCAACGCUAAGGGCUGAAAGUAUCAUGCGACGGUCUUGCAGCAGCAGCCAAGCGUCCAUUGUGGCCACAGAAAACACGUUUGCCAGCAACCAAAGCACUGGCGACGAUGAUUCACUCAGUAUCAGCCAACCCCUGUACUAUGAUCCUGUGGCUGCAGACUUCCCUAAGAGUACUCCGUGCCAACGUCCACGCAAGGAGAGUCAUACUAGCGACAUGGAGUACGAUGAUACAAUCCAACAGUCGCCCGUCCAAAGAGACCCAAACGAUCCACCAAGCAUCAGUCAGCCACUGUACGACACCCCUAGGCCUGUGGCCCCUGGCCUCUCUGUGAGGACCCCGAGUCAAACCCCACGGCUGGCAGGUCCUACUGUCGACACGGACGAUUACGUUGAUACAAUCCAACAGCCCCCCGACCAAAGAGGCCCAAACGAUCCACCAAGCAUCAGUCAGCCACUGUACGACACCCCUAGGCCUGUGGCCCAUGGCCUCUCUGUGAGGACCCCGAGUCAAACCCCACGGCUGGCAGGUCCUACUGUCGACACGGACGAUUACGUUGAUACAAUCCAACAGAUAUCCGGCUAUCAGGAGCUACAGCCUUCGCUAUAUCAGAACCUGGGAACGUCUGGGGAGGGGACCACAGCAAACCCUCCACCAGGACACACUGCAUCAGACCGGCAUUUACGCCAGGGGGCGCGACCCAGGCCCUUUCGCGGAAGAGCCCUUCCAGAGAAUGAGGAACUUGAACCACGUGGUCGGCUGCAGACUGAGCCUACACGGCCUAACCCCAGAGUUCGCGACCCCAGAGUGAUUCAGUCCGAUAUAUUCUAUAUCUAACUAGAAAGGUAUUCUUUGCAAAGGCAUGUUUACCUUCACAUGGUCUAGCCCCCCCAAAACUACUGUUCUGUUUGAAAUCUAUCCAUCACACGGUGUCUGCUUUAGCAGAAAGUGAGCAAAAACAAUAUGUUUCUACGAAGGUAAACAUCACAAUAAACAAGCAGUCUGAUUAGACCCAUAUUUAACAACAUCGAAAAGAAAAUUGUAUAUUACUGGCCACUAGGGAAACUUACACAAUUCAUAGGUCUUAGUUAUUAUGUUAUACAGAGCUGUAUAUGGGCAAAGGAGAUACACUCGACCGAUGUAAAGUAGAACUGUAAACAACACUUGAAUGAAAAGCCAUUGUACGUAUGUUAAGAAUUGGUUAGGCUAGUGUGAUCAAGUGUAUCUAUAUCUGUAUCUACAUAACCUAGCUACUGCUGCAAAAGUACCUGUAAUAUACAGUAACUACUGGUACAAUUAUCUAAACAGAACAUAUACGGGUGUCGGUAUAUUUGUAGUACCAACAUGUUCGAGUCUGAUAUUUCGGACUAUUGUGUAUGAUAAUAUUUAUCCAUAAACUACUGUUGUUAACUUGUUGGGAUGAUAAUGGUUUGAUAAACAGUAUGUAACAAGUAUACUUAAAUAUACUGUAUAAGGCUAUGAUAAUCUAAAGUGCAGAGCAAAGCUUACUCACAAAACAUACUUCAUCAACCUGUAUCAUUACUUCUGUCUAUGUUGAUUUACU